UUGUCGUUAUGCUAAUCACGACUAAGAACCGGCCUAAAUGGGAGAUUUGCGAUUACCUCACUUUAAUGUGUGCCUGACAAGUCUCGAAUAAAGCAUGAGACUUUUUAGCAUAAUUCACAUGUGUGACAGGCCUGUAAUCAUUUAACCAAGCCAUGCCAUUUUGGUAGAAACUCGUAUACAGACAUCGGCAGGUGUCCGAUCAGACUCUCGGAUGCCACCAUCUAGGACAUUUUGUGACAUGGCCUCCGAAUUGGAGAAGGCGGAGGGAACACCUUCAUGUCUUCGGUCUGACUGCUUAUUCCUCAAACCAAUGGUGAAUAAAUACGUUGGUCAACUCAAGAAGCAGUGCAGGCGCCGGUGCCCGGGAACACUUAGUACAGCUUUUCUCUGCCUCGUUUUCGUAUCAAUGAUCACGUGCUUCAACGUGACCAAGGUCAUCUACUUCUAUCACAGUACGGAAAGGAUCAUUAUCAGAUACGAACUGGCAGAUACAGAUCGGAGUAUAGCUCGGUUUGUUUACGGAAGAGAGGUCGAAAACAAAACGAAUGACGGGAAGGACUUUAUCACAUUCAUUGAAGAGCAUAAAGAGACCUUCAAGUUGCCUGAAGAGCUCAUUAACAACCCGAUUAAUAAUCUCCUGAGGGAAGAAAAUUGCAGACUCCAAGACUUGAUUUAUCCGACUGUCACAAGGAAUAGGAGUUCAAAUUACAAUGUGCCGAAGAUCGUUCAUUUGACGUGGAAGAACGAGAUGAUACCUGGAAUGGCUGAACAUUGGCUUCGACAGUGGGAGAGGACCAACCCGGAUUGGCAAGUGUGGCUAUGGACGGACAACUACCUAGAAAAAUUCAUGAACAAAUUCAAAAGUUAUAUCGACUUUGAUAAGUACGAUAAAGCCAUAUCAAAAGCGGACGUUGUGCGCUAUUUCAUUCUGUACGAGUACGGCGGUGUGUAUGCGGAUCUGGACGUCGAGCCGCUGACCUCUCUGAAUCCCUUAGCGGACGCUUACUCUUGCAUUCUCAGUCAAGAACCAGACGAACACGCUAAGCUUCUUCGCCCUCACUACAUGAACAAUUUUGACUUAUUAGCCUGCAAUGCCAUUAUGAUGUGCAGGCCCAAACAUCCUUAUUUCAAAUUCAUACUUGAGAAUCUACAGCGGAAAUACGAGACUGAGGUUGAUGUCAUUGAGCGAACUGGACCUUCAAUGGUGGCCAGGAUCCACGAGGAGUACAUCUUAAAAUUCACCAAGGAACUUUGUCGGAAGCCGGACGACCGUGUUGGUAUCGUCCCGCCAGAGAUCCUCAUCCCGACUUUUGACAAUCUCAUUGUAAAUGAACUCAAAGCAACUUGUAAGGAACCAACAUUUUCUAUGCUGACAAAACAGCAGAGGUCAGUGUGCCUUGACCUGGAGAAGAGACUUUAUAUCAAUGUACGGUUCGCCGAUGUUUCCUUUACUGAGCACCAUUGGUUCCACACUUGGACGCCAGAGGGGAAAGCGACAUUCUUUAUGAACGGUGUAGCAUUUAACAGUACUCAUAUCAACAACGCAGUUUCUUCGGCUAAAAUUCUGCGGUAAUCACCGUGCCCAGUGAAUAGGCAGGUUUCGCAGUUUUAACGAGAAAAUGGGCAGGUCCAAAUGCAAAACUCAUUUUCCAGUUGUGCAAAUAAUAUUGAAUUGAAAAGGACGUAUUCCUAAUUUGAUGCACCUUGUAUGAUGUAGAAAUAUGUAUUUUGGUGUCGGCUUGUCAGUCGUCGUUGAUCCUGCACUAAUAUUUUCUUUUUGUCCAUUCAAAAUAGAUUUUCAAAGAAUUUGUAAGGUCCUAUAAGCCUGGCAGGUUCUGGUUCUGGCAAGUGUGUUGCUUUGGCGUUUUAGCACAUUGUUUUAGGUGGGGGGCGAUUACCGUGUAUCGUGGUUCAACAACACUGUUGUAUAUCUGGAUGUGGCAACUUAUUAAUAACACAUUUUAAGCUGAAUAAAACAUUUCUUCGGGAAGAGCUCUGAAGAUUUUUUA